GGACGAACAAAACCAAAAAAAAAAAAAUGUCUAUGUUUCAUACUUUCAUCCAUUGCCAUUAUUUACGAAUAUAAUUUUACUAAACAUUGCUAUUGAAAGUAUGUGCUAAUUAUAAAUAAUUAUUAUACUAGCCGAUAGUCAAACAGACUUGAAUUUAGAAGAACAAUGUAUUGUGUGUGUAAAUUAAAGUAAAUACAAAAACGAAUACUUAAUUUUUUUUUCACGAAUUUGCUAAAGAAAAUCUGUUAUUAUGCUGAAAAGUACGAUACCCAAAGAUAAACCUGGAAAAAUGAGGAUCAGGGCCUUUCCCAUGACUAUGGAUGAGAAGUAUGUGGAGAGUAUAUGGAGUUUACUAAAAAAUGCCAUACAGGAGAUUCAGAAGAAAAAUAAUUCAGGCCUUUCAUUUGAAGAAUUAUAUAGAAAUGCAUAUACUAUGGUAUUACAUAAGCAUGGUGAACGUUUAUACACAGGAUUAAAAGAAGUAGUCACACAUCACCUUGAAACAAAAGUCCGAGAAGACGUUCUACACUCAUUACAUAAUGGAUUCUUGCAAACAUUAAAUAAUGCCUGGACAGAUCAUCAGACAAGCAUGGUUAUGAUCAGAGAUAUACUGAUGUAUAUGGACAGAGUUUAUGUACAGCAAAACGAUGUGGAUAAUGUUUAUAACUUAGGCCUCAUUAUAUUUAGGGAUCAGGUAGUACGGUACGGCUGCAUCCGGGACCACCUGCGACAGACAUUACUGGAGCUGGUGGCUCGGGAACGACGCGGGGAGGUGGUGGACCGCCUUGCCAUCCGGAACGCUUGCCAGAUGCUGAUGGUGCUGGGCAUCAACUCGAGAGCUGUCUAUGAGGAGGACUUUGAAAAACCUUUCCUACAUCAAUCUGCUGAAUUUUAUCGGAUGGAGUCUCAAAAGUUCCUAGCGGAGAACAGCGCGGCCGUAUACAUCGCGCGCGUGGAGGCGCGGAUCAGUGAGGAGGCGGAGCGCGCGCGGCACUACCUGGACGAGAGCACCGAGCCGCGCGUCGUGGCCGUGCUGGAGCACGAGCUCAUCGAGCGGCACAUGAAGACCAUCGUCGAGAUGGAGAACAGCGGCGUGGUGCACAUGCUGCUGCACACGCGCACGGCGGAGCUGGCGUGCGUGUACAAGCUGCUGGGCCGCGUGGGCGAGGGGCUGCGCACGGUGGCCGACGCCGUGUCCGCGCACCUGCGGGAGCAGGGCCGCGCGCUAGUCACCGACACGAGCCACAACACCAACGCCAUCGCCUACGUGCAGAAUCUUCUCGACCUCAAAGACAGAUUUGAUCACUUUCUCCACAACUCUUUCAACAAUGACAAGAUAUUCAAGCACAUGAUCGCAUCUGAUUUCGAAUAUUUCUUAAAUCUCAACAACAAAUCACCCGAGUUCUUGUCCCUGUUUAUUGAUGGCAAACUAAAGAAAGGCGAAAAGGGGAUGAGCGAGCAAGAAAUAGAAGCUGUAUUGGAUAAGACAAUGGUUCUCUUCAGAUUUCUGCAAGAAAAAGAUGUAUUUGAAAGAUAUUACAAACAACAUCUCGCUAAACGUCUUCUGCUAAACAAAUCUGUGUCCGACGACAGUGAAAAGAAUAUGAUCUCCAAGCUAAAGACUGAAUGCGGCUGCCAGUUCACAUCCAAACUUGAAGGCAUGUUCAAAGACAUGACCGUCUCAAACACAAUCAUGGAGGAGUUCAAGGAACAUAUUAUAUCUUCUGGUAACAAUCUGCACGGCGUAGACCUGUCGGUGCGUGUGCUCACUACGGGCUUCUGGCCCACGCAGAGCGCGACGCCCAAGUGCAACAUCCCUGCCGCGCCCCGGAUGGCCUUCGAGGUCUUCAGAAGCUUCUACCUCGCCAAGCACUCCGGGCGGCAGCUGUCCCUCCAGCCCCAGCUGGGCAGUGCCGACCUGCACGCCACGUUCCGCGGAGCACCGCCCGCGUCACCGCCGCGCUCGCCGCCCGUCACCGCCGCCGUCACCGCCGUCACCGCCACCUGCCCGCCGCCCGCGCCCCGCCGCCACAUCAUCCAGGUGUCCACCUUCCAGAUGUGCGUGCUGCUGCUGUUCAACAAGCGAGACAGGCUCACCUACGAGGAGAUACUUAACGAGACGGACGUGCCAGAGAAGGACCUGGUCCGCGCCCUGCAGUCGCUGGCGAUGGGCAAGCCCACGCAGCGGGUUCUGAUCAAGCACCCCAAGACCAAGGAGAUCGAGCCCUCGCACCAGUUCUACGUCAACGACGCCUUCACCUCCAAACUACACAGAGUUAAGAUUCAGACGGUGGCGGCCAAGGGUGAGUCGGAGCCCGAGCGGCGCGAGACCCGCAACAAGGUGGACGAGGACCGCAAGCACGAGAUAGAGGCCGCCAUCGUGAGGAUCAUGAAGGCCAGGAAAAGAAUGGCUCACACGCUCCUGGUGGCGGAGGUGACGGAGCAGCUCCGCGCCCGGUUCCUGCCGUCGCCGGUCGUCAUCAAGAAGAGGAUCGAGGGUCUGAUCGAGCGGGAGUACCUGGCGCGUACUCCCGACGACCGCAAGGUGUACACCUACGUCGCAUAGGCCAACAGGUUCGAGAUUGUUAAGCUCUCGAUUAGCGGACGCCAAGUUAAAGUGAUUAAAGUUACGCGGGAGUAUUUAAAUUAUUGAAAAAUAAAAAAAUUAUUAGUUUUAAAAGAAUGUUUAUUUUAUUGCCUCUAAUAUUAAUAAAUGGAUAAGACGUCAUUACGUUCGUGCGCUGUUCAUGUACAUAAUAGUAAAAAUUAAUGUAAGUCUGACGUAGGAAGGCCCGGCGGCUCGCUUGUCGGCGCAGUUCGAAGGAACGAAGAAACUCUUUGGCAAGUGAAUGUUCAAAUGUGGCGCGACACCGUACUCGGUGACGGUCGCCCCAACCACGUCUAUGAAGCGCGUGUCGACCGUCACCAGCAUGUCGCCUGUCACCGUGACAGCGUCCUCCACUAACAAUGUCACGUUGUGUGCGCCGCCUUCAACAUUCACUUGCACUAUCUCACUUCCCUCUCCACCAAUCGCGUCGCCGACGUUAAUGUAAGCGAACACGUAUCCGAUCCUUGUUACUAAAUUACUGCAGGACAAUAUUGUUUGUUCAUUGUAAAAUCGCCCAUAGAUUUGCUGUUUCUCAAACAUGUACGGUUGUAACCAGUUUUUAUUGACUCUAUAUUGUGGAUCGCCAUACGCAGAUAUUUGUAUAGUUUGGUUCAAUUUGAGCAAUUCAAAAAUGAUAUUUUGUAUUUGGUCACACGUAUUUGUAGCGUUUGAUGAUAUUUUCUUUUCAAUAUGUAAUCUACAUUUGAUUUGUUUGUUGUCUCCAAAUUGAACAAUCCUGUGCGAUACUUUUGUUAAUACACACUUUCCAUCUCUCGCGGCUGGUAUUGUUAAAAUGUUACUUUUGUAAGUAUUAUUGAAGAAAUGUUGAGUGUGAUUGUUGUCAGCUGUCGAUAUGAUGACCGGGCGACCCCAGACGUAUCCGGGACUACCGCUCAGUUGAAUGAUAUUAUCUAUAGUGUCGUUGGCUAAAUAGAACGUAACUCGGACGCUCUGUGUGACGUAAGGCGCGGGCGUGUCAGCGGCGACAUCUUCAACGUGCAAUAUUAUUAAAGCGUUUGUUAUCUUGGAGUCGUAGUAGUAAAGCUGGUAGGUAACAGACGUAGCAAUAUUCGUCCAGCGGUCGCCGGCGUACCGCAGUUCGUGCGUGCUCGGGUCGUACGACUCACAUCCGCGCCUGCCACAAACAAUCACAGUCCACUUUAUGAAAUGAAACGUAGACAUAUUCUGGAAAAGAGAGUUUCUCAUAAUUUAAUGUUAGAUAUUAUCUUUGUUUGUUUAAUUAAUUAUGAAAUAACUAAUAUGUGUAAAGAUAAUUUUAAAUAAAGAUACUGUUUUAAUUUUCUAUAAGUGUGUCAUAACUCAUACCACAGCAUUACUGUUGGCCGCCUCCGUCUUGGGACUAAGUACACUCGCGUCUUUGGUGUGUGUGUAAAUCUCGAACAUGUGAAGAUCUUCCAAUUUUACAAUACACUUUAUGUUUUCGUUUACCAAAAACUGUAUUGGUUUUCUUGUACUGCAGUAACCACUAACGGUGGGUAUUGGAAUUUCUGAAAGCAGCAGAAAUCCGUAGCAGAAAUGAUUCAGAAAACCUACACUUUAAUGUAUUUUUGAUCAGUUAUUUUUAAAUACUCGAUACUUAUGAAUUGUUUCCAUUGGUAUAUUACUUUUAGUUACAACCAAAUAAAGUGAAUCAUGUCUUACCACUAUUGAAAAUUGUUCCAUUAUAUGUCAACCAGAUGGCAUCGUUGUAUUUGUAAAGGGUCCUUUUGAAAUCAAAUUUGAAGUCUUGUUUCGGAAUAAAACUCUGCCAUUUUGGAGACAUGCUAAGUGCUGCCAGAUCAAACUGUAUAAAAAAACAAAAAUUGAUGAUAAUAAAAAAAAAUACACAAAA